ACGGUGGCCUCAGCCUCUGCCAUGGAUUUGGUGACCAUCCUGGUGGCCCUGGUGGCCCUGGUGGCCCUGGUCCUGCUGGUGGUGGCCCAGCGCCUCGGGCUCCUCUACCGCCUGCGCCACAAGGUGGACGCGGCGAGUCCCCGUCACGGCGGCGAGCUGGUGGCCGAGGUGCUGCGGGCGCACGGCGUGCGCUUCCUGUUCACGCUGCCCGGCGGCCACAUCUCGCCCGUGCUGGUGGCCUGCGAGAAGAUCGGCAUCCGCGUGGUGGACACGCGCCACGAGGCCACCGCCGUCUUCGCCGCCGACGCCGUCUCGCGGCUCUCGGGCUCCAUCGGCGUGGCGGCCGUCACGGCGGGUCCCGGCGUCACCAACGCGGUGACGGCCGUCAAGAACGCGCAGAUGGCCGAGUCGCCGCUGCUGCUGCUGGGCGGCGCCGCCGCCUCCCUGCAGAAGGGCCGCGGGGCUCUCCAGGACAUCCCGCAGGUCCCGCUCUUCCGCACGCUCUGCAAAUCCGCGCUCUCCGUCCGCGCCGUGCGCGACAUCGUCCCCACGCUGCGCCGCGCCAUCGCCACCGCCAUGGGGGGCACGCCCG